AUGGGAGAAUGCAGAUACUUGGUCAAAAUCUAAUUAAAGGAUUAUGAGAAGGAAUAGAGUAGUAUAUUGUUAGACCAAUUACUUUUGACAACCUAAAAGCAAUGA